CAAAGGACCCAUUUCGUGUCUCCUCGAGUAGCCCCCAUGAUGUUAACUUCGUCUUCCUCCACUUCCCCCUCUCUUCUCUCUUCUCCUUAAAACCUCUUCAAUAAUUUCUCUUCCCAAGAGAAAUUGAGCCUAUACAAGCUUAUACAAAUUCUUGAUAUCCUAGAGAGAAAGCUUUGUCAUGUCCAUGGAUAAUAGAGGGAAAGAUCCCAUACAAGAAGGAUCCUUGAGAUCCGUUGCGCCUUCCGGCGUCCAUCUCCCGCAACCGACUCAGCUGAGUCGCUACGAGUCGCAGAAGCGACGGGACUGGAACACUUUCGGGCAGUACUUGAGCAACCAGAGGCCUCCGGUGGGGAUCUCCCAGUGCAACUCCUCUCAUGUCUUGGAGUUCCUCCGGUACCUUGAUCAGUUCGGCAAGACUAAGGUGCACUUCAACGGGUGCGUGUACUUUGGCCAGCCUGAGCCGCCGGGACCUUGCACGUGCCCGCUCAAGCAGGCGUGGGGGAGCCUUGAUGCGCUCAUCGGUAGGCUCAGGGCUGCCUAUGAAGAGAACGGCGGGUUGCCGGAGACGAACCCGUUUGCCAGUGGCUCUAUUCGGGUCUACCUACGCGAAGUUAGGGAUUCUCAGGCUAAGGCUAGAGGAAUCCCUUACAAGAAGAAAAAGAAGAGACCGAAUCGAAGUCUGAUGAAGCCCAGUAGUGAUCCUAGCUCAAGCAUUCCGCUUCACCAAUCUUGAGCUACAAAAAUUUAUAGGUACUGUCCAGAAGCUGGAGUAAGCGUGAAAAGCUCAAAAUUCACUCUUUGGAGCCCUUAUUGCCUAUCAUAUGUAGUCAUUCCCAGAAUCAAGAUAUUGCUUUUUUUAUGACUCAAGGACUGUACUUUUCUUUAAAUGAGAGAGGCAAGUAUCCAAGGUAGCGGUGAUGAAGGGAAUACUUGUCUUGUGGGUGAGCUCAAUUUCUUCUUCUUUUCCAAUCUGUUUCAACUCAGGUGAUUACUGUUUGGAGAUUUGGAGCAUUUAUGUUCGUGAAUGUCUUCCACCAUAUGUAUAACUAUGGAUGCAAGUCUAUGACCACUGCAACUUUCCCAGACA